AGUAACUCCCAGUGCACAACAACAUAAGCAGCUCACACUGGGUUGUACCUUCAGGAGUCGGGUCCUUCCGUGGGGUGGAUUGGUGCAAGCUAUGGGCACGAGCGGGGCACGUCAGCACUAAAACAUGUGGAUUGAAGAGAGCCUACGAUUUUUUGGAGACAUGAGGACGUGGAGGAGAUAAUUCCAAGGAGCUGACACUUCAAACAAGUUCAUCACCAGAGUUUGAAACAUACAAAGACACGGAGAACUGUACCAUGGCAUCUCUGAGAAACACUACACCUCUUCGAGCCGAUCCACGAGAUGAUGGGAACUCAACUGCAGGUGGUGAUCCCCAAGGCAAGAUGGCGGAAGAACAGGACACGGGACAAGGUGGCAUGUUGGGAAAAGCGCAUGAGUUUUUUCAGAUCUGUGACAUUGAGGACAAAGGUUUCAUUACGCGAAGAGACAUGCAGAGGCUUCAUGGUGAGCUUCCACUGAGCCUAGAUGAACUGGAGAAGGUGUUUGGUACUUUGGAUGCUGAUGGCAAUGGCUAUCUCACCUGGGAAGAAUUCACUACAGGAUUUAGUCAGUUUCUCUUUGGAGAGAGAAUUACUACAAAUACAUCAGCUGCAGAGGAACCUCUUGAGGAACUGGAGAUGGAAAAAGAAUAUACAAUGAAAUGGGAGGAAGGUACUGAGAAGCUUGAGGAGGAUGAAAAUACUCAAUUUUACAACCUUAUUGACACAUUAGGAGCCAACAAGUUCCUAGAAGAUGAAAACCACAUAAAAAAGCUGUGGAUGGAGCUGAGGAAAGACGAGCCUCAUCUGUUGACGAGUUUUGAAGAAUUCCUGACCCGAAUUUUCUCCCAGCUUCAAGAAGCAAAUGCAGAGAAAAAUAAAAUGGAAUGUGCCCUGAAAAAGAAAAUAGCAAACUAUGAUGAUGAGAUACAGAAUUUAUAUGAAGAGAUGGAACAGCAAAUAAAGACAGAGAAAGAACAGUUUUUCCUGCAUGACACAGAACGGUAUCGGUCACGCAGCAAAGACCUGGAGCAAAGGCUUCAGUCCAAAGAACAUGAGUUGGACCAUCUGGUUCAGAAGCAGAAGAGGCUCGAAAAGCAAUGCAAGGAGCUUAACAGUGACAAGUACGAUACAAAAGCUGAAAACGAAAAACUGAAGACCUCGAAUAAAGAGAUGCGGCGAGAACUGGAGAGGACGACUCAGGAGCUGGUAACUGCCCAGAAACAGCUGAAGAUUCUACAGGAGGCAGCGUCUCAACUGAACGAGGAGAGAGAAAUGGAAGUUUACAGAGUAACUGAAGGUUUGCAAAGAGAAAGAACAACUCUAUUGAAACAGCUCGAUCUCCUAAGAGAAAUGAAUAAGCACCUAAGAGAUGAGCGGGACAGCUGCUUACAGAAACCAGAGGGAAACUCAGGAGCAUCAAUAAAGGAACAACGAUCCGGCUCUAUUAUUGGCAAAUACGUUGACCGUAAACCGUCAGUGAAAAGCCAAUCAUCAGAAGAGGAGGAUGUAUUUCAUAGUAAACACAAUUCUAUUGGACUUAAUGGUUAUUUUGCAUCGACUCAGGAACCUGAAAAUGGUAUAGAGUGUAAAUCAAAUAAAUUGAAACAGCUGCAAAGAAUUAUAUCCAUUGAGGAAGACCCUUUACCCCAACUGCUGGACGACCAGCAGGAGAGACCUUUACAUAAGUGGAAAGAAGUAGAGGAGAAUGAGAAGACCAGCACUGAGUUAUCUGAGAAUACAGAACAGGUUCCUAAGGGAGAAGUACCAUCUUCCCCUAGAGGACAACCAGUCGGAAAAGAGACACUACUGACUGAAGAACUGGCGCACACCGCCCCAGAGCGCAUCUUUAAAAUAGUCUUAGUCGGUAAUUCUUGUGUUGGAAAGACUUCGUUUCUGAGACGAUUUUGUGAAGGUAGUUUUCAUCCUGGAACUUCAGCCACCGUCGGAGUCGAUUACAGUGUAAAGACAGUGACCGUGGAUAAUUGCCAAGUGGCACUUCAGCUUUGGGACACGGCAGGGCAAGAAAGGUAUCGGAGCAUCACCAAGCAGUUCUUUAGGAAGGCAGACGGCGUGAUUGUGAUGUAUGAAAUCACGUGCAAAGAAACGUUUAUGGCUGUGCGACAAUGGCUGACCAGUGUUGAGGAAGCCACAGGAGAAAAUAUCCCUAUAACGAUGUUAGGCAACAAAACGGAUAAUGAAAAAGAACGAGAAGUGCCCUUUGGUUUAGGGGAACAACUCGCCAAGGACUGCGAUUUAAUGUUCUAUGAAUGCAGCGCCUCUUCUGGGCACAACGUUAAAGAAUCUGUGUUGCAUUUAGCAAGGAUACUGAAGGAGCAGGAAGAUAAAGUCAAGGAGAAGACAGUUCGGUUACUUGAAUCUCCAAAGAAACUGAAUUGCUGCUCGAGACAGUAGAUCCAGUUCCGAGUGUAUUUCCCUUGUUCUACACUACAAUCUCUCUUGGAUAGGGACAAGGGAUACUUUACUGUUAUUCUAGGUUGGGAUCCAAAAAAAAACAGCCAACGUUCUUUGGUGCCAAUCAGGGUUGCCAAGAUGGUGGGUUACCAGCCAAAUUGAGCUAUUGAUUUAAAGCCCAGGCGGAUUUAAAAAGUACAAACUAGCCCAGGUACAGAUUUGGGCUACUUUUUGGGCCAUUGGCUGGUUUGUACUUUGGAAACCAGCCAAAGUUUUUUUCUUGCCUUAUUGUGCCAA